CAAUCCUUGAGGGGGCCAUUUAGAGAUCUGGGGCAAAAAUCUGUUUUGGGAUUAGUCCUGCUCUGAGCAGGAGGUUGGACUAGAUGACCUCCUGAGGUCCCUUUCAACCCUGUUCUAUGAUUCUAUUUUCCUUCCUCCUUGUCUUCCUGCUAAUCUGUUUUGUUCUUUUUUCUUCCAGGCUGCUUUGGAAGUAGCUCUUGUCCCUUUGCCUGGUGCUAUGUCGUGUGCCAAGGGUUAUAGAUGUUGUUCCUGUGUCUAAUUGUUUUCUUCUCUUCCUGAAACAAAGCAGAGUAACAGAAGAUCUGAUCAGACGUAUGGGAUUGGAAUAACAGUAUGUGAGAUACAUGAGAGCCAGUUGCUACUCUAGAGCUAUGGGCUGAGUGUGUACUUACAGACUCUGAUCAAGUCACCCCUUAACUUUCUCUUAGAUGUGAGAACAUGGCCACUAAGAAAUUAAGAAGAGCAGGGUUAUCUCAGGAACUUUGUGACAGGCUAAGUCGGCAUCAGAUCAUUACCUGUCGGGACUUUCUGUGUCUUUCACUUUUGGAGCUAAUGAAAGUGACCGGACAAAGUUAUUGGAAUGUACAGAAGCUUCUUUGCAAAGUCAGCUUAGCUUGUGCUCCCAAAAUGCAGACUGCUUAUGAGAUGAAAAUGAAAAGGGCUAUCAAUCCAUCGUCAGCCUUCUUAUCCACUACCCUAGAUGGUUUGGAUAAAACCCUGCAUGGUGGAGUGGCCUGUGGAUCCCUCACAGAGGUAACUGGCCCAUCGGGUUGUGGCAAAACUCAGUUUUGUCUUAUGAUGAGUGUACUGGCUACUCUGCCUAUCAGCAUGGGAGGACUAGAUGGGGCUGUCAUAUACAUUGAUACAGAGUCUGCAUUUGGUGCUGAAAGGUUGGUUGAGAUAGCAGAACACCGUUUCCCUAAUUAUUUUGGCACAGAAGAAAAGUUGUUUUCAAUGACCCGUAGCAUUCAUCUCUAUCGGGAGCUCACCUGUGACAGUGUGCUGAAAAGGAUUGAGACUUUGGAAGAAGAAAUCAUUUCUAAGAAGGUUAAGCUUGUAAUAAUUGACUCUGUUGCUUCAGUGGUCAGAAAGGAGUUUGAUAUGAAACUUCAAGGAAACCUGAUGGAGAGAAGUAACUUUCUGGCUAGAGAAGCAUCGUUAUUGAAGUACUUGGCUGAGGAAUUUUCAAUACCAGUUAUCUUGACAAAUCAGAUUACCACACGGCUGAGCAAUGGUCUUGAUAUCCGGGCAGACCUGGUGUCUCCAGCUGAUGACUUGUCCCUAUCUGAAGUUUCAGGAGCCUCUGGGAGCAAGGAAAGGGAACCUGGCUAUGUGACAGCAGCACUGGGGAACACAUGGAGUCACAGCGUCAACACCAGGCUCAUACUACAGUAUCAUGACUUGCAGACAAGACAGGUCCUGGUUGCUAAAUCUCCCAUUGCUCCAUUCUCAGCUUUCUUCUACACCAUUGAAAAUUCUGGCCUGGUUCUUCAAGAUCUGAGAGUGCAAGUAGGACAUGGAAAACCCAGAUGGAGAAGUGGAGAUAGAAGCAGGCCCUUGCCCUGUAAGCAGUCUGUGGAUACAGGAGCUCAGCUGCUUCAAGGCAUUUUGGUUCAUUGCCUGUCUUCAUUUACCAGAUGGAAAGGACCACCCAGAUGCCAGCUGGGAAGGCUCCAGUCCUGUACUGCAGGCCAUAAGAGUGAGGACCAAUAUCUUGAAAGAUGGCUUCCCCAGUUCCACUACUCAGACCCUCAAGCUAGCACAACCUAUAUGAAGAAGAACAUGUCUCAGCUGGAGAGAAGCAUGAGAGAUAUUUUGCCAAAUGUGAUUUCUUUAAAUUCCUAUGAAGCAGUUCAUGGAAUUGCUUCUUCUUUUACCUCUGAACAGGGUGAUUUUGAAUGUGGUUCUUGUUCUUUGUACCUGAGUAGCCAUAUUAUAUUUAGUGAUAUAAAAAUUCUGUGUUAGUUCUAUUUAAUUUAGGUGACAUGAUGAAGAAAGAUGCCAGAUUGGUGCUCUAAAAUAGAUACAACUCAGGCUGUGGCAGCACAUGCAUCUCCAUCUUACCACGGCUUUGCCAAUAGGCUUCCUGACCUGGAAGACCCACUUCCAAAAGUGAGAGGAGAAUUCAGUUAGUCCUAAAAUGUCAGUUCAAAAUCUCCAGGGAAAUGUUGAACCCCACCAGUUGGUUUGACUAAAGCAAAGCAGUUCUGUGUCUCUUGCGGCUAUGAUGCACUUUAGAAUAAUCUUAGCCUGUUAUGUAUCACAGUGAAAUCUAAUCGUAGGGUUAUGGCAG